AUGAAUGUGAAAGAAACGACUCUCGAUCCAAGUUCAAUUCAACGUUUAAUUCAUUUCGUUCAUAAUCUCGAACAGAAACUUCUCACUGUUAGAUCAACACAUGAACAACUACAACAAUUAAUGUCAAUUGCAACGAAAACACAUGAAAAUANAUCCACUCGAAAUGGUAAAGGUAGAUGUUUGAAUUUUACAUUUUGCUUGUUUUCUUUGUACGAAACAAAAAUGGAUGUGAAAGAAACGACUCUCGAUCCGAGUUCAAUUCAACGUUUAAUUCAUUUCGUUCAUAAUCUCGAACAGAAACUUCUCACUGUUAGAUCAACACAUGAACAACUACAACAAUUAAUGUCAAUUGCAACGAAAACACAUGAAAAUAUUCUCGAAGAACUAACAACAAUCAAACGAGUCCUGAACAAAGAUCAAACUGUUCUCGAGGAAGAAACACAAUUGAAUAACAAUGAAGAAGAGGAGGAAGAAGAAGAAGAAGAAGAAGUUUUAGUAGAAGAACAAUCUCCUCCGUCAAUCAAAUCAUUCGAAUCGAAAUCAUUAACAAAUUUAAGUACAACAUCAACUCCUGAUCCACCAUCACUUUAUUCAUCAUCGACAAUGUCAGUUACGACAACUGAUCCUCGUCCGAAUUCUUCUUUACAAAAACGUUCAUCGAAUCUCAAACGAUCCGAUUCGAGAAUCAAAUCCGGCAAAUCUGUUAGUUUUUGUUUCGAUGAAAACAAAGAAUCGACCAAUGAAAAUCCACCAACUGAAGCGUUUGAAGAAAUUACUACACCGGUCAUUCCAUAUCAACGAGAAAAUUCCGAUUUAAUGCCUGAUUUAUUCAAACAACAUCAUAAAGAAAUCACCAACAAACCAACGAUUGGCUACAAAAUGGGAAAUACAUUAUCAAAUAUUCGAAUUCAUGAAAUCGAACCAAUGAAUGGUGAAUAUCUUCGAUUAUUAAAUAUCUCAAAUUCGGAUGAUUAUGAUCUCGGUGGACAUUUUCUUCAACAAAAUCUCGCCUGUACACCGGUGUGUCGAUUCCGAUUUCCGUAUAAUACUGUUAUUCGAGCUGGACAAACUGUCACGAUUUGGUGUGGCGCACUGAGAGAAAUUGAACCACAACCUCCACAUCUAUUCGUAUGGAAAGAACAGAGACGAUGGGAAACCGGGCCAGAAUGUGUCACAAUUUUAGCGAAACCAAACGGACAAGCUGUUGCGUGGGCACGAAGUUCAUAUCGAGUAAACAGUGAUCAAUCAUCAAGUGAUAUUUUGUUCGUCCAAUCGAAGUCGAAUGGUGGCGUAUCAGAUGUCUCAAGUCUUUCAGGAAGUAGUUUUAAAAAUCGUUCGCGUCUUUCGGCAUUUAAUUUCAUUGGAAAAGACAAACCUCCAUUUGCACAUUCACCAAGUAGUCCUGUACAUCCCGAUUGUAGUGGUGUGAGUUCUAAUAUACCCAACGAUCUUCGUUCGAAUAUGCAUCAACAAGGAGGAAUAUCUCAAUUACUUGUUCGACCAAAAUCUUCUCCAUUUGCAAGUCAUACGGGUUGUAAACAGGAUUUAAUUAGCUUAAAUUUUCUACGAAAUCAACAAACACAGGAACAAAAGCAAACCAGUGUGAAAACAUAA